UUAUGUAGAUUAGUCCCAAAUGUGUAGUAAUUAGUAAGUUUUUGUAAUCAAAACAAGCAAACGCCGCGCAGCGUGCAUGUGCAAAAACAGAAAAAACCCCUCGCUCGAAGCCAAAUUCACCACACGCCAAUCGGGCAACACUACACGCACACAAGCGUCCGCAACCAUUUCCGCCGCCAGCGGCAAAGUAAUGCUGUUCGCGUCUCGAAAGGAGAAGGUCGUGGAAAAAGACCUCCGCGUGUGUCGCACGAUUUUGGACCGCACGUGCGGAUUCCUCGCGGGAGAUUGUUGGGCCUUCGUUCGGCGGCUGAAACCGCGCAAUCGUCGUGAGUUGCGCAUCGGUGGGAGCUCGGUGGCCACUCGAACUGGACGGAUUUGUCCCUGAAGACGCCGCAAAGUAAGCCACGUUUUGACGAUCAGACUCGCCCGGAGAAUAAGUCAUCGGUCAAAGCGCGCCAACUCCGAACCAAUCUCUGCAAUCCACCCGAAGGGAGGUCCCGCCGGAAGAGGAAUCAAGCAGUGGUCGCUGUGCCAAUCUCGCUGUGGGAAUCUGUGUCGCGCAAGACCCAUCUCCGAAGAACGCCGCCAAAAGCAAGACCUGAAAACAUCCACACGGUGGCAGCCAGUCCGUGUGCAACAAAAGGAGGAAGCGCAACACGAACACGCACACACCAUCAACCAGAACGCAAAAGGCCCCGGAAAAGGGGCCUUUUCGGUGGGCGCUCGACUUCGGCUGCUGGAGGCUGGUGCACGAUUGCUGGCGCGCGACGGAACAUCCCGUCGGUAGGCGGACGGUGCGGUACGAGUCGCCGUUCCAACACGGCGUACGUGCGUCAUUGAGGGCGCUGGGCGAGACAACGCUAGGCGUUGUUCGCGAGGGCGCAGAUGAGGAGCAGCCUGCCAAGCUGUGGUCGCACGUGGGCAUGCUGUAACGCGUGGCGGUCAAGGGUGAACUCACGAGCCGGCGGGCACGCCAACGGCGGAAUGCGGGUUGCGGCAAGAGUGAGUGCUAGAAAUUAAGCGGGUGCGCACCCAGAAGAAUAAGAGCCCAAAGGGCGAGAAGAAGAAGCACACGCGCGCGAAGCGCCAUCUUUGCGCAUGUUUCGCUAGGCUUAGGCACACACACGCACGCACAUUUGUACCUUUUUUUUUUGAGGAAAUAACAUGUUUUGAGCACAUUUUUGUUGGGUUUUGUUGAUUAGUUAUGGUGCAGCCUGAAUGUCGCUUCUUUACCUGCCAAUUUUGAGAUUUACCGCUUUAGUUGUGAAAAUAGUGGAACAAAAUGGCGCCCAACUAAAAAACCCACACUAGGCCUAGGCUAGAAUUGUAAAACCAUAGCGUGCUUAUUCGUAGAAUAUAUGUUUUUUGUUGUUCUUGGGAUAAAUUUUUGCUUUUUUGAAGACUUUUGAGAGUUCAGCGAAGAUGAUGGAGGUCAAUCCCAUUGAUCUGAGCAAUGAAGAACUCAACUUUGAGUUAGAGCUUCGUGGUGUAGCAGGCCUUGGGCCGAUGACGCACAGAAUUAAAUGUACAACGUUAGAGAAAGUUAUGCAAGAUGAUCUAAAGUCGGGGAGAGUCUACGCUUCCUCGUCUCACGUGGUGGAUGGCUCGUCGGAAAUAAGAAUCUGUCAUUCGCGGAUCAAGCGAUUGUUGCCCCAAAUUAUCACCGGGAUAGAACGGAACAACAUCGCUUUUCUCGAACCAAUCGUGUCGCGCUUGAACCAUUACUACAAUCGGCUCACCCUGGUUUCGCCGCCGUCCGCGGACAUGCGAGAAGAAUGGACGGGAGUGCGAGACACGAUCGCGCGUACGAAACGGCAGAUCUUCCGAAUUCUUUACCCAGCCAACCAGUCAACAAAUCAGUACAGUGUCAGUUCGGUUUCAAACUCCACAGCGCCGGCGCACAACAGCACAGCUGUCAGCAGCGGUAGUGCUCGGCAGAUCAAUCAGCUAUCGCUAGCAGGUGCAGUUGGGGGCGAUUCGUCGGGCAUGGAAAGAGGAAGUUCUGCAAGUGCGCGAGGAACAUCUACCGGAGCCAUCCCAAAAAGGACAUCGGACCAAAGCGUGAAUGAUCUGCUACUCCUGUCGGGUCAAGCUUCGGCGCAAGCCGGCAACGCAGCAGCAGAAGCACAGGGAGGACAAGGCUUACCGGUCGACCCAAGACCGCAUUCGCUAGGUCGAGGACGAGGACGGCCAGUCUUCAACCCGAAUCAUCCUCAGCGCGAUCCUCAACCACGUCCACCGAAUCUAGGACGAGACAUUACUCCACCUCCAAGACUGCAGAACGAUGACGCGGAAUACAACGGACUCAGGGAUCGGGUACUGUGUGACCUGCUUCGCCGCGAACGUCAACCAGCCGAAGGCGCGCGGAUUCCGAAGGCAAUCCACAACUGGCCAUUCAAGUUUCGGGGAACGAAAGACUCGACCAACCUGAACACGUUCCUGGAUCGAGUGGAAUCAUUCGCUUUCUCGGAAGGAGUCAACAACGCGAUGUUGCUGCGGGCGAUCAAACAUCUGCUGCAGGACGAUGCUCUGGAUUGGUACAGUCGUGCGCUGAACGAAGGAGAACUGGACACCUGGGAGAACUUCAAGCUGAUGAUCCGCCAAGAGUACCUGUCGAGCCACUACGGCCAGCUGUUGCGCGAAGAAGCGUCGUCGAGAUACCAAGGAGCAAACGAAAAGUUCCAGAAGUACUACCGGGAUAUCUCUGCGCUUUUCCGCUUCGUGCAACCGCCGAUGUCGCAGGAGGACAAGUUUUUCAUACUGAAAAAGAACAUGAAUCCAGAGUACGCAACCAUCCUAGCGUCAGCAAGGCCGCAGACAAUCCAAGACAUGGUCGAAGUUUGUAACGCCUACGACGACACGCGUACGCUUCUCACGCACCAGCGUCGAACGCCAAUCCCGCACAGCUCGCUUCUCGAGCCAAAUCUGGCCACACCCAGCGGUUCGCAGCGCUCACAAGCAAACAACGCAGGAUGGCAGAGGUUUGGCGGCAGGGUCAACGCGAUCGACAGUCGGGAAGAGAACCAGGACAGGCGAGGGAGAUACGAAGCAGCAAGCGCGGACCAGCGGGAAAGCCUGGACGAGGACGAUUGGACGGAUCAGAUAGAACAACUGACGCAGCAGAUUUGUGCGAUCCGUACACAGUUUCAGAAACGCAGCAACGAACAGUACAGAAGAGGAGGAAACUAUGCGGGACAACGUUGGCAAUCCCAUCAACAACAACCGGUAGCAGAAGAACAGCAGCCGAUGUUGGCAAGAAAUAACCAUCAGCAAAGCGAGUCCGCGCAACCGCGAGCCAACCAGCGUAGUCCAGAACAAGUAGCGACAAGACCAAGUGCGGAACAAAGACAUGGCACGUUGAUGUGUUGGAAUUGCGACGAAGAGGGGCACCGUUUCACUGAUUGUGACAAAGCGCAAGCCGUUUUCUUCUGCUACAGGUGCGGCCGCAAAGGAUACACACUCAGAAACUGUCCGGAGUGCUACGCCGAGCAGGGAAACGGUCAAGCGGGGAGCCAGUAGCAGAGGG